CCAUCGCCUAUCCUACAUGCAGAGUACAUCAAAUUAUUAAAUACGUAUCAUCUUAAAGUUCCAGUUCGUAGCUGGCUUUCGAACUGUUCUGCUGUAAAUGUUCCAUCUAUUCUCUCACAGUCUUUGUUAAAGACUGAGUAAGCACUUGGAACCCCUCUUCUUGAUUUUGAAGUCAUACUAGUAUACAUUAAGUAAAACAAGGAUAGUAUGAAAUAGACGGCACCAAACCCAACUUGAACAAAGAAUCCGAAGAGACAUGCCCAGAAAAGAAACUUCAAAACAGUUUCUAGAUAGUAUCUUUCCCAAAAUGAUAGUUGUUCGUUGUGCUUUGAAUUUAGAUGUUUCAGAUUCUUCUGGAAUUUUUUCUCCUCGUCACUGCUUUGAUUUUCAUCGUCAGCUUUGAAUUCUUCUUUUUGUGCGUUUUCCAAAUUAUCACUUUUAGUGGCUUGGCUGUUUGAAUGUCUAGAUCUUGCCGCAUGUGGCCCACCCUUUUCAGCAAGCUUUUCGGCUUUAAGUCUGCGGUAUUCUUGGAGUCUCUUCUCCAUUUUACGGGCUUUCAAAGCAUCCUUAUUAUACAGUUCUAAUUAGAUAAACACAUUUCAAGUCUAGGCCACGCAUCGUUUCGUGUCCGCCAUAUUUGUUUAUGGAAUUGCGGAGUGCUUGCCUCGUACUGAGGGAGGGUGUACCUUUUCAACGGUAGCCGAUUCUUUUUCCAAUCUUUUGACUCGUUUAUUUGCAUCGGCAUUUAUUAACGUAAAGUUUCAUCUGAGUUAUUCAAAUACGUAAAAAAUCUCUGCAUUUGGAAAUAUUGCGAGAAGAGACUGAGAGAAUUUUGUCAGAAGAUGUCAUUGGCCGUCAUUGGCAACCAUCUUGCUCCUCCGCAGUGAUGUGUGAUGAGCAAAGAGGCAGAUUUCAUAAUCAGUCAAACAAGGUUCGAAAAUGGCUGCGGUUGUAGAUCGAGUUGGAAUCACCCCGGAAAUCGAUGUUUUUACAUUGCCACAUUCAAAAAUGAGACAAUUAAUCGUCGAUACAACUGAAGAGGUAACUUCAACCAACUUUGAAGACAGGUCAAGUGUUGUCACAUUACUACAACAACUACGCACCACCCUCAUACAGUUUCGUCUCCAUGAAGAAAUUGAAGAUAAAUACAUAAUGAGGGUACUGAAAAAAAGGCUGGAUGGAGACAUGCUGAAAAAGCUUAUCAAACACUUGCAUGCAAACAGCCAUAUCUCAGAUUUGAUAAAACUAGUAAAAAAUUUGCAAGUGGAAGUUGCCAGUAUUACAUCAGAAGAGACACUUAAGAAUUAUGGGGAGAAAUUGAGCCAGUCUUUGAGCAUGUUCUAUGAAGAAUACUUACCUCAUAUGGUUGAUGAAGAGAGGGUAUUCCAGCCACUUCUCCAAAAUUAUUUUACUUACUCUGAACUGAAGAACAUUAAAGAAAGAGUUUUAAACUUACAUUGCAUUCAAGAUGACAAGGAGAAAGUCCCUGCAACUUCAAAUGUGCAACCAAAAAGAGACCAAAAAGUUCAAAAGCGUGGGCAAGUGCAAGAAGAAUCUAGUCUUGCAGCAGAAGCUGUUUUGCCAUCAGAAAUAUUGCUAAAGAUUUUCAAGUAUUUGCAGCCAAGAGAACUUUGCAGAUGUGCCCAAGUCUCCAAGAUGUGGUCUUUUGUUGCCAUGGACCCAGAAUUAUGGACAGUGCUGCAUCCGUCAAGAUGGGGUCGUGGUGAAUGGACGUUUGGUGAACAAACAAGCUCUGAUGACUGCAAUUGUGACUGUGAGCCAAAUUAUAGAAUGCUGCAGUUUAAAGAUGAAAUCGACGAAGGAAGCUCAACUGCGUCCGAUGAGGAGGACGACGAUGAUGCAGAAUUCACAAGGGAGUCAAAGGUUUUACUUGGCAUUUCAAGGUACCUGCUUCCGAAAGUUGGCAAGGGUGUGAAGACACUUGUACUUGAAUGCAGCAAGGCCGUCACCAAUGGACUUCUAUACAGAAUUUUGAGCCAGUGCCCUAACAUCGAAUAUCUUGACCUUUCGCAGACAAUCAUUUCUGACCUUGGUCUUAACGGGUUGUUUAAAGAUGGCGGUGGUCGAAAGCUAAAAUAUCUUGAUGUAUCAGGAUGUACGAGAAUAACCGACAAAACUUUGAUGAAACUUUCGACUUUUUACAAUAAAUCUUCAAAAUCGGAGAAAAAAUCAACUGGAAGGUGCAACGAUUGCUCUUGUUAUCUUCGAAAGGAAUUGAAAGAUGCUUCGCAUCCCUCACGACCCCCAAGUGCUGGUUGCAAGCCCAAAUCUCUAAAAGGCCUCGAGUGCCUAAGGCUCUCUGGUUGCUACAAAAUAACUGACAUGGGGCUCAGGGCUCUUGCAAGGCGCGGUCUGCCAUCGCUCAAGCAUUUAGAUCUGUCUGGUUGCCUGAAUGUCAGUGCUGAUGGAUUAAAAGAUUUGGUAAGCACAUGCACUGGCCUGAAUGCAGAAGAACUAUAUUACUGUGACAAUAUCACUGAAGGCCCAUAUUCCCAGUCCGCGAGUGGCUGUCAGAAUAUUGAAUGUAAAAACAGGGUUUGUUGCAGGAGUAUUGUCCUGCAGGACCAUGACAUUGUGUAAUAGAUUUAUCAUUAAAGCAAGUUGCAUCUCAAGAUGGAGGCUCGUCGAUGUUUCCACCAAUUUGAAUUGAAUUAAUGUAUGAAGAUUUAUUUAGAUUUUGCAUCACGAUUUUACAGAUUUAGAGCAAAGACCAAUCGUGUAUAGUG